CUUCCAUCCACUACUCUUUCACCACUACUUAACCAUGGAUACGACAGCAUCAGGCCGCCUCCCUAGCAAUGUCCAACUGACUCAUUAUGACCUUACAUUAGAGCCGGAUCUGGAGUUGUUCACGUUUCGGGGUAGGGUGGAUAUCAGACUUGAUAUCCUACAAGAGACUACAUCAAUCACUCUCCACGCACUCGACCUGACAAUCCGCGACCCCGAGGUCUCCAGCCAGCGCAUAUCCAAUGUCUCACACAACAAACGCAACCAAACGCAACCAAACCGUAACAGUUCAUCUCCACGACCCCCUCCCAGCCGGAGAAACAACCACCCUCACUCUCUACUUCACCGGCCUCCUCAACGACAGCAUGGCCGGAUUCUACCGAUCCAGCUUCACCGACCCAUCCGGCCAGAAACACUUCCUGGCCGUCUCACAAAUGGAACCGACCGACGCCCGCCGUGCAUUCCCCUGCUUCGACGAAUCAGCCCUCAAAUCAACCUUCUCCAUCACCUUAAUCGCAGCCAAACAUCUCACCUGUCUCAGUAACAUGGACAUCAAAUCCAUCCAACCCACCCACCAGCCAGACAAAAAGAAAGUCCUCUUCAACACCACCCCAAAAAUGUCAACCUACUUCGUCGCCUUUCUCGUCGGCGAACUCACCGUCCUCGAAACAACCAUCUACCGCAUCCCAGUCCGUCUCUUCGCCACCAUUGGCACGGAUCUCACCCGGCUCGGAUCGUUCGCGUUGGAACUCACGGCCCGGACACUCGCGUUCUACGACGAACAAUUCGACAAUCCCUUUCCACUCCCGAAAAUGGACAUCGUGGCCGUGCCGGAUUUCGUUGGCGCGAUGGAAAACUGGGGAUUGGUUAUCUACCGCGAAGCAGAUCUCCUCCUCGAUUUGGAGACUAGUCCGGUGACUUCGAAACAGCGGGUCGUGUUACUCGUGCAGCAUGAGUUGGCGCAUCAGUGGUUUGGGAAUUUGGUGACUAUGGAGUAUUGGGAUGGGUUAUGGCUCAACGAAGGCUUCGCAACCUGGAUGGCCUGGUACGCGUGCAAUGCAUUCUAUCCCGAAUGGGGGGUAUGGCAGAUGUAUGUGGCCGAGAAGUUACAGCGGGGGUUGUCGUUGGAUGGGUUGCGGAGCUCACAUCCCAUUCAGGUUCCGUUGCGGGGAGAGGACGAGAUUGGGCAGAUAUUCGAUGAUAUCUCGUAUGCGAAGGGGGCGUGUGUGUUGCCGAUGAUUGCGGGGGCGCUGGGAGAGGAGGUAUUCUUGGAUGGGGUGAGGUUGUAUCUCCGGAGACAUGCGUAUGGGAAUGCCACGACGGAGGAUCUCUGGGCGGCGUUGACAGAGGCGAGUGGUCAGAAUGUUGGGGCGAUGAUGCAUGCUUGGACGCGAAAGCCUGGGUUCCCGGUUUUGACAGUCACGGAGGAUGAAACUAUGAAUACGAUCCACGUGCGCCAAACGCGGUUCCUAGCAACUGGUGACCUCAAACCUGGGGAGGAUGGCACCAUCUACCCAGUCUCAUUAGGGCUACGGACCACAGAGGGCAUCACCACCGAUCUGAUGCUCACGACUCGCGAAGGGACCUUCCCCAUCCCCGACCUAAACUUCUUCAAACUCAACGCAAACCACACCGGGUUCUACCGAACCGCCUACUCCCCCCACCGUCUAAAACAACUCGGCGAAGCAGCCGCUCAACGCUUCCUCCCCGUGGAAGACCGCGUCGGACUCAUCGCCGACGCAACAGCCCUAGCAGCCGCCGGCCACCAACACACCCCCGACAUCCUCUCCCUCCUCACCACCCUGAAACACGAACACGAGUACAUCGUCUGGAAACAGAUCCUGACCAGCAUCGCAACCAUGCACGCCGCCUGGCUACACGAUCCAUCGAUUCAAACCGCCCUACUAGCCUUCGAAAACGACCUCACGAUCGAUGAACAUGACAGUCACAUUACCCGACAAUUCAAAGCCCUUCUUUUUAACCGGGCCGUCCUAACAGGUGAUAAAAUCGCCCAACAGGCAGCAGACAACAUGUUCACUGCAUUCCGCACCGGACAGCGAUCAGCCAUCCAUCCAGACCUGCGCGCAACUGUCUUCGAACACGCUCUAUUGAAAGGCGGAGAGAGUGAAUACAACACCAUCCUGGAAGAAUUCCGCACCGCACCAACAAGCGACGACCGCAUCACCGCACUCGCAGCCCUCGGCUACGCAAGAGACCCGCACCUUGUACACCGCACCACAUGCGUGUUACUCAGCGAUGAGGUCCGGCUCCAAGAUAUCCACGUGCCCAUGACGACUCUCCGGACGCAUCCCAACGGGGUUGAAGCGCUGUGGACGUGGAUAACGGACAACUGGGAUGUCGUGAAGGAGCGACUAUCGUCUGGAUUGGUGGUGCUGACGAUGGUGGUAGGGUUGUGUACGAGUGGGUUUAGCACGGAGGAGCAGCGGGACAAGGUGGAGGCGUUUUUUCGGGAGAGGGGGACGGAGGGGUUUGAUCGGGCGGUGGGGCAGAGUUUGGAUGAGAUUCGGAUGAAGGCGAGGUGGGUGGAGAGGGAUGGGGAGGAGGUGGGAAGGUGGUUGGAGGGGAGGGGAGGGAAUAGGGCUGGGGGGGGUUGGGGGUGA